AUGUCUGACGUCGCUGAGACCAAGCCCGACCCCACCACCAACGCUCCUGAGGGCGCUGAGAAGCCCGAGGAGACGACCACCACCGCCACCGAAGAGACUAAGACUGAGGAGAAGCCCGAGGAGUCCAAGUCGGUGACCGAGUCCGCUGCCGAGGCCGUCAAGGACACUGCCACCAAGACCACCGACAGCGUCUUCUCCAUGUUCGGCGGUGGCCCCAAGAAGGAGAAGCAGGAGGAGCCUGAGGAUGCUAAGGACGAGCCCUCCGGCUCUUCCAAGGCCCAGAAGGGUGAAGAUGAGGACGAGGCCCCCGAGUCCCCUGAGGUUCACUUCGAGCCUGUCAUCCGCUUGACCGAGAAGGUGGAGACCAAGACCAACGAGGAGCUGGAGGAGCAGACCUUCAAGAUGCGUGCCAAGCUUUUCAAAUUCGAUCGUGACAGCAAGGAGUGGAAGGAGCGUGGUACCGGUGACGUCCGCCUGCUCAAGCACAAGGAGAACCAGAAGACCCGCCUCGUGAUGCGCCGCGACAAGACCCUCAAGGUCUGCGCUAACCACUACAUCGUUCCCGAUAUGAAGUUGAGCCCCAACGUUGGCAGUGACCGCAGCUGGGUUUGGAACGCUACCGCCGAUGUCAGUGAGGGUGAGCCCGAGGCGCAGACCCUGGCCAUCCGUUUUGCCAACAGUGACAACGCCAACCUCUUCAAGGAGGCUUUCGAGAAGGCCCAGAAAGAGAACGAGAAGCUGCUUAACCUGCAGAACAAAGACUCCGGCGUUGAAGGAUUCCCCCUCCGAUCAUGGUCAAUUGAGAUCUACGUUGUCAAUGAGCACGGCGAGCAGGUGCCUGCGAAUGUCUUCGAUAAAGUGACAUACACGCUGCACCCUAGUUUCGGCGACAGGGCCAUUCAGACCUUCAAGAAUCCCCCCUUCAGAAUCUCAGAGGAAGGAUGGGGUGAGUUCGAUAUGCAAAUAGGACUCACUGCUGCCGACAAGGAGCAUUUCGUUACGCACGACCUGAACUUUGCUCAGCCCCGUUACGAAUCCAAGCACGUCAUUACGUUCAAGAACCCCAAGCCCGCCCUACUAGCCCUCCUCCGCGAAUCCGGACCCGUCCCAGGAGACGAAAAUGGCGUGAAGUCGAAACGCGCCGCAGCCGGAGAGGAGGGAUCCAAGAAGAAGAAGCGCACAGAGAAGAGUGUUGACAUGGACAAGCUGGCCGACGGUCUGCAGCGACUCGGCGAAGAUGACCUCCUCCAGGUAGUACAGAUGGUGCACGACAACAAAGCCCCAGACUCGUAUACCAAGAACGAUGUUGAGCAGGGAGAAUUCCACGUCGACCUAUAUACGCUUCCAGACACCCUAAUCAAGAUGCUGUGGGAUUUCACGCAGGAGAAAGGCGCUUUGUGA